AUGUGGAAAAUGUUUGGCAACCGGAUGGGCUUGAUGGACCAGCCAAGCCCCGAAGGGGCGAUGGGAAAGAAAAAACAGGCUGCAAAGCCAACAACCUUUUAUGACUCCUUGGUCGAAAUGACCACGAUCAACUUCGAAGAGUUGGCCGAAGAAGAGAACUGGGAGACCAUGAGCCAACUGGAGCGGAAGAUGACCGAGGCUCGUGUAGCCUUUGAUGAGCAGAAAGUCCAGGAACGGGCCGCCAGACAAGAAGCGCGAAAAGCUCGAGAAAAGAAGAUCCGGGCAAAGAAGCAAGGCGGCGAAAACAUCUCGGGUCCCUUCCGGAGACCCUGCGGAGUGCCACAGGAGGUACCUCGAGCCGAAACAUGCGGCAAUGAUGGACCGCCCAGAGCGUUGCAGAUGGUACAGCAAGGAAAAUCAUCCUGCCUUCCUCGGUCCUGGUCAAGUACCGCGGACCUUCGAUGA